AGCGCAUACAAUGAGCGAUUCGUUAACCGCGUUGUUCAUACCCAUCAACUAUGUCGGGCCCGUCAACGCGUCCAUCGGUUUGGCACAAGUGCUCAAACAUAGCGGCCAUCGAGUGGUCUUCGCGGCGAGAAAUGAGUGGUCAAAGCGAUUGAAAAGUCUUGACUUUGAGGUCGAGAUAUUGGGCGAAGAGACGGCUGGAGUGGCCGUGGAUUCGGCCGACGCUAACGCACAGCAAAUAACGUCCACUUUCGUGGACAGCACACCGUUGGCGAAGGCCUUGCACUGCAUGUCCACCGUAUUGACGGUUACCAUAAGCGAAGCCCAUAAAGACGAGCCCAUACUUAAGGCGCUCAUUAAACGCCUCAAACCGGACGUUAUUAUCACCGAUCAUGUCAUUACUCUGCCAUCGAUUGCCGGUUCCGAUAUUCCCUGGAUAUUCAGUUAUAGCGCUAAUCCGUUGUCUUUGGACACGGGUUACGAAGACAAACGUCUCCCGCCAUCCAUAUUAGGUUUGCCCAUAAAUAGCGACAAACAUUUAUGGGAAGAAUACAGACAACAGUUAAGAGACGCGCGAAGAGAUGGUUGGUUGAAAUAUAGGGAUUGGCUCAUCACUAAUGGCUGUCCGUUAGUUCCCGAGGAAUUCCAGUUCUGGAUUCCCUCGCCUUUCGCUAACCUCUAUAUGUUUCCCGAAGAACUCGAUUACACGGAUGUCAGGCCUUUGCCAAACACUUUCCAUCGCUUUGAUUGUAUGAAACGUAUGGCAAAUGAAGAGACGUUUGAAUUGCCGGACAAACUCAACAAUAGGUCCGGAAAAUUGAUUUAUCUAUCGUUGGGUUCAAUGGGUUCAGCAAAUGUGCCGCUAAUGAAAAGAUUGAUUGACAUUUUGGCCAAAUGUGAGCACAAAUUCAUUGUCUCGAAAGGCGUUAAACACAAUGAAUACGAAUUGGCGGCCAAUAUGUGGGGCGAGAGGACUGUCCCGCAGCUGAAAGUGUUGCCAAUCGUAGACUUAGUCAUAACACACGGCGGCAACAAUACGGUCACCGAAAGCGUGUAUUUCGGGAAACCAAUGAUAGUUUUGCCCCUAUUUUACGAUCAAUACGACAACGCUAUGAGAAUCGAUGAAAAGGGUUUCGGCGUUCGUCUCAAUCCAUACGAGUGUUCGGAAUCACAACUCCUUUCAGCGAUAGAUACGCUAUUAAACGACACAAAACUUAAGCAAAAGCUGACAAAAGUGUCACAAAGAAUCCAAACCGAGAAUAAUAUCAAGACUAUUGUUAAAAUCGUUGAGAGUUUGGUUAAAUAG